UGCAAACACAAAUAUAUGGCGAAUGGCAGAGUAGGACAGAAAAUCAGCAAAGGAAAACGCAAGAAAACAGCAGUACGCACUUGUAUUCUCCGCCGAGAGGAUGCCAUCCCGCUCACACUCGCACUCACAGGCCAGACAACAGCUGUAUCCUCUUUGAAGCAAAACACCUAUUGUCUCCCUCUUACACAUACUGAACCCUACAUUCUCGUGUGGCGUCAAAUAGCCCAUCAGAAACCACGAAAACGGCUGGCAAGAAGUAGUUGAUCUGCGAUUGAGUAGAAAUUUGGCAGCAAGAGCGACUGCGCGUUGGAGAAUUCAGAGAUGACGUUUAUUUCUGAGACUAAGGCUAAGAUACGCCUCGCCACUCUCCCUAAAUGGCACGAGCGCGUGGAGGAACAGAAGCUGAAGCGGAAGCAGAAGCCUAAAAUGCAAGAAAUGGGGCUUAUUAGCCGCCAAAUGGAAUAUUAUGCCUGGAAGCAUCGUGCUUACAUUGAAAGCUUCUCGAUUUCGCAGGAGAAUCAAGACCACGGUGAAAUUACACGCUAUAUGAAGUCGCAGGAUAAUCAGUUACCGUGGGAAAGGAAGAAAUCGAAGGACGAUGCUAUUAAACGCUGGGUGAUUUCGCAGGAGAAAUACGUCCCGCUGAGGUCGAAUGAGAUGCCCAGCUAUGAGACACUCGACAAAUCCCAAAGUGAAGAUGUGGCACAGGAAAGUCAUUCGGAAACUUCGUGGAGACAAUAUCAACAUAUCUUCGAAAACCUGUGUCCGCAAGCUGAGUGACCUCAAGUUGGAUGACUUCAAGUUUUGGUGACCUCAAGUUGGGUGGCGAACAGCCCGAGGAAACUCCUAACAAUGAGUACAAAGGCACAUGCACUCACAGUAUGUAUGGCUAGUGGAUAAGCUGAAGAGAACUCUUCAAUUUCAAUAAAGUCUGUACCAAUAAGCUAAAAUUAAA